GUAUAUAGGACAAAAGGAAGGGCCAGGGGUUCCUUGGAGUAGCAAUAAAGACUAUCCCAAUUUUGCAUCUUCUACUGUAUUUUCACUCUAACCAUCCAAACCAAACAUUUGGUGUUUUAAAGCACAGGAUAAAAAUAUACAACAAAUAAUGUUGCAGAAAUCCGGAUGAUUUCUCGAAAGAUUUUGAGUUGUGCAGGAACAUUAUGGGGGGUCAUGGCUCUCGGAUAAUUCCCAUGGCUUUCUUCAUCGUCGUCAUCAUCACAUUCUUUCUUGUGCACGGUUUUGAUGAAAACGAGAAUGGUAACAGAAGAGUCGUCGUUCUUGAAAAGCUGAGAGCUUUACUUGGAAAACGAAACGAUGUUGUUGUUGCUGUUGCUGCUGCUGCUGAUUCUACUGUUUACUCGUCUCCCUUGCCCUCGCCAUUGCCAUCGCCUUCUCCCGCUCCCGGGAUUGAAGGCGGAGAAGCGCCUGCUCCUUCUCCGAGACGAGCGGUCCACCGUUAUUCUCAUCACCACCACCACCCUUCACUCCCACAAGCACACAAGGCUAAGCAGAAGAAGGAGGGGGGAGGGAGUUUCAGAAGAGUUCUGACAGCGGUUCUCGUGUCGGCAGGAGUGACAUUCUCAUUAUGUGGUGUGUGUCUGUUGUGGGGAUGCAGAAGAUUUCAGAACAAAAGGAAGAAAACAGUGAGAACAAUAUACUGCAGAUCAAAAUAUUUGAGCUCCCAGCAGAAGAGUUCAGUGAAACCUGACCUUUUUUACCUUGAUUCAAUAGCAGUUGGUUUGGAAAAUCCAUGCCCAGACCCAGUUUUCCCAGAAACUGAAACCUCACUCUCAACCCAAAUCAUCACACCAAAAGAGAAAGAAGAAACAGACCCACAAGUCCACAAACCUGGAGAAAUUAUUGUUUUUGAUGAACCCCAUUCAUCAUUAGAUGAUGAUGAUGAUGAUGAUUCCUUCCAUUCUAUAUGCAAUCCAGGUAGCAUUAGGCUAUCUAAUGCUUCAGCUAGUAGUCUCACUGAGGAAACCUCCCAAGAUGACUCAAAACUAUCCUUUCCAGUCUUGAAUUCACAACCAAAUUGUCCAUCCACUUCUGUGCCACCGCCACCACCACCACCACCACCACCCUGCCUCCCGCCGCCCUUUGCGAAAGGUCCACCUCCUCCACCAUCUCCACCACCUCCACCACCACUGGCAGGCAAAGAUGGAAGUCCACUGCCAAGACUGAAACCGCUGCACUGGGACAAAGUAAGAGCUGCACCGAAUCGUUCAACCGUAUGGGACCAGCUGAAGCCAAGUUCAUUCGAAUUCGACGAGGAGAUGAUCGAGUCCCUUUUUGGCUACAACCUGCAAAACUCAAUGAAUGAUGAGGCCAAAAGCAAAUCCCCAUCUCCAACUAAACAUGUGCUCGAGCCUAAGAGAUUACAGAACAUAACCAUACUCUCUAAAGCUUUGAAUGUGAGUGCAAACCAAGUUUGUGAAGCACUAACAAAAGGAAAAGGGUUGUCAUUGCGAGAAUUGGAGGCACUGGCAAAAAUGGUGCCAAAUAAGGAAGAAGAGGCCAAACUGGCAAACUAUAAGGGAGACAUAAAUGAAUUGGGCUCAGCAGAGAAGUUUGUUAAAGCAAUAUUAAAGGUGCCAUUUGCUUUCCAAAGAGUUGAAGCCAUGCUUUACCAAGAAACAUUCAGUGAUGAAGUUCUUCAUCUCAGAAAAUCUUUUUCAAUGCUAGAGGAUGCCUGCAAGGAGCUGAGAUCGAGUCGUCUGUUCCUAAAGCUACUAGAAGCCGUACUAAAAACCGGAAACAGAAUGAACGUGGGAACAAUCCGAGGAGGAGCCAGGGCGUUCAAGCUCGAUGCCCUCCUAAAGCUCGCAGACGUGAAGGGAACCGACGGCAAAACCACACUGCUCCAUUUCGUGGUCCAAGAAAUCGUGCGAUCCGAAGGGCUCAAAGUCUCCGAGAGCAUAAUGGGAAAGAUCGAGCAAAGAACCAAAUCCAAAAACAUUAAACACGACAGCAGAGAGGAAGACUACAGGAGAAUGGGCUUAGAUCUCGUCUCGGGUCUAAGCACCGAGCUCUGUAACGUGAAGAAAACCGCCACCAUAGACUUGGACGUGUUGGCUAACUCGGUCUCGAACCUCUCUGCUGGGAUCACAAGCAUACGAAGCCUCGUGCUUAAAGACUUAGCAGAUGAAAUUGCAGGUGGGUUUGUGUCCUCGAUGGGAUCGUUCUUGAGCGGAGCGGAGAGGGCUUUGAAGGAGUUGCGGGAGGAUGAGAAUGGAGUCCUGUUGCGGGUGAGAGAGAUUACAGAGUAUUUCCAUGGAGAUGUGAGCAAAGAUGAACCAAACCCGCUGAGGAUUUUUGUGAUUGUGAGAGAUUUCUUGGGGAUGUUAGAUCAUGUGUGUAAAGAACUUAGGAACUCUAAACCUUCGACUAGUCCUAAUCCUUUGUCUCCAUUCCGGUAGCUGUUUUGUUGAUUGGUUUCUCAAUAAUUUCUCUUACUUUUUGUUUUU